CUUCGAUCAAGCACCACGCGCUUUCUUGACCUCAGAGGCAACCUGCAUCCUGCCACCAUCUCAUCCGAUUUUGACUAUGGCGCCGGCCGGCAUUCUUGAUCUCCCCCAUGAGAUCAUUCUGCGGAUCGGGGAAUUCGUUGCGGACAAUCUCUAUGUGCCAUCUCGGGGCGCCUUUGGCUGGCGCUUUCGUCCGGAAGAUAUGCUUCUGCGGACGUGUUCUCUCUGGAGACGCAUAUUUGUCCCCAUAAGCUACUCUUUCUGCCGACUGGCGCAUCCUUGGGAGGUCAUGUGGUGGUACGAAAUGCUGAAUGAGCAUCCCGAACUUGCUCGUCAUGUACGGUCCAUCCAGAUCGACUGGGGCGUGCUCAGUGACUCCAACUUGUGGUUCUUCGACUUCUCUACCGGUGCCAUGAUGAAAGACGAUGGCGUAGAGUGCUACUACCAGUUUCACCCCAACGGUCUGGUUGACACCGAAAAUGAUUACCAAGAGCAGUACGGUGACGCCGAGUCUUUCCAUUGGUGGAUGGAGGGAAUAUUUGAGAUUCUCGUCGAAAAUGAUGCUCCUCUCGAGGAGCAAAACUGGGUUUCGCCACUCUUCGGUGAGUGCACUUGUGAAGAUGACGGUGCUUAUUACACUGAUGACGCCGCAAGUAUCUUCUCAAAAGGAAUUCCAAAGUACGUGGCCGAUCUCCUCAUCAAGGCCGGCAAAUUACCUCGGACUGUUCGAUUAGAAGUCAGUACUUAUUCCUGGCUCCAAGAAUGGUACCCUGAACUGCUCCGAGAAACCGAGAUUUUCGCCUUGAGUCUAAGCGCAGCAUCAGGACUUUCCCUCUUGAAAGGCGAAGAGGACCCCACUCAAGACUUCCAGCUCCCACGUCUCGAACAAGUCUUGGAUGGCCGAAAAGGUCGGCUGCGGUCUGCGGACAACGUGAAACGGGGCAGCCAGGCCGAUAUCUUGUAUCGGAUGCUUGACACCCCUGGGUAUCUCACAGGGUUCGCUGCGCCAAGGGAUCUAUUUGCGCUACCUCAAGCUAUCUCUCUGGCGGCAAGAACGGACAACAUGUUUGAUUGGGACAAGUUUGACAGCUUGGCAACAAAUGGCAGCAAGACUUUACCAUCAGAUGCGGUCAGAGCACGGUAUGAUGCCGUCAAGGGCUUGCGCGCCGAUCUCUUUCAGCUCCUGCAGGGCAGGGACGAAGACCUGACGUUGCAGCAGGUGAAGACCGUAAUCCAAGAUAAAGCUAUAGACACUCUGGUCGAUGAAGACGCAGAGCAGCUCUACAGAUCUGUGGCGAAGUCCUUCAACAACACACGUCGUCGACCGAGGCAACACCUCGACAUAACUGAGAAGGCAUUCGGAUUGUAUGAUAUCGAUCGCUACUCGUCGGAUGAACGUGUCCGGUUUCCUCUAAGGUAGCUCCUACUUUGCUGUAUUCUUCUUCAUCCGCGAGACUUGCAUUGUACAGUGGGGUGACAAACGAAA